GUGGCUGCAGUCAGUUCAGGAAGAUCACAUAAUGCACGUCCAGGCAGCAUACAGCAUAGGGCACUGAUAUUUUUCUGGGGGCAUGUCAUACUGAUUAACAGGCAGUAUUAAGAAGACACCGCCAUCUAAUCAUUCAAACUAUUUAAUAGUUGCUGUAUGCAGAAAUAGUAAAUUUUGCAGCUAAUAGGUUUUUAUUUUCAAUAUAUCUUGCAUCAAAAUGAUGUCCCCUCUCAGAUUGGUUUUAACCAGGGGGAAAGUGUCUGCAUGGCGUGAGCUGUCAGCCUGUGCACAGGUGAGCAUUCUACUGGGAAAUGGGAAUGUUUGCACCCUGUCUGUAGUCCUGGGGAUUAUUCGGUAAAUGCCGCAUUGUAGCAAAUCGAAAUCCUAAAGCUGUGACUGCAGCCAAGUUGGAGAAAUUUCCCAACUUUUGCCUAAAUCAUGUUCUGCAAGUUGGAAUUCAGCUCUGAGUAUAGUGAAUAAAACUUUAGAGGUUUAACUCACUAACCCCUAAAUUUAUAGUAAAUUUGAAAUCUGCAUGGCAAAAGUUAGACAAAAAAAAUGCUAUUUUGGAAAUGUUCUCCAAAUUCAGUUGUCACAGAUUGGCUGUUUUAGAUUCAAUUUUGACAUUUGGAUUUAAUUUGUUACAAUUCCGAGUUUAGUGAAGUUUUUUUUCUUUGUAUCUGUUUUGCAUCAUUUACAAAAUAAUGUAACAGUUGGCAAUUUCAGAUGAUGAAAGAUUUGAGGUUCAAGAAACUGAAAAGAAAUGUUGUGAUUGAGCAGGUCAGUUAUUUGUUGGUUAAUAAGUUAGUGUUACUUUGAUACUGUUCUGCUUGGAGUCAUUCUGAAGUGACCUUCGUUAUAUCACUUCAGCCGGUUCCAUGUUGCUUUGACAGAAUGAAUAUAUUUAGAGCCAGUAUGACAGCUGAUGAUGGUAUUCUUGACCUAUUACCAAACCUAAAACAAACACCAAAACAUUAUUGAUUAUUGUACAGAAAACUUUUUUUUUAUUGAAUCAUAUCACAAAGUAAAAGGGUGUCAUUUUAAUUAUGGGAUACAUAGAGAUGUCUUCAACGCAGUGAAUCCCAAGUUUUGUGGGCUGGCUUUUUGGAUCAUCACUUGGCAUAAAAUCUUGAUACCUCACAUAGCACGAUUUAAGAAAUCUUUUUUCAGUUGCCUGACAUUUUAGUGAUCUAUGCCAGCCCCUCGUAUUUUAAAAAAUGCAGUGUUAAUAUAUUGUACUCACCUUGUUUCUAGAGCCGCAAUACUGUCAUUGCUGCUGCCCGCUCUGCUUUCUUCUUCGUCUGUAAGCAUGCUGACGUUUUCCGUCUUCUUAUCCAAUCUAAUCAUUUUUAUAGAGAAGCAUUGAGGACGAGAAACGCAUGGGUGGCAAAACGCUGUGGUUCUCCAAAAGCUUUCUAUAAAAAGCAUUGAUUGAAAAACAGAGUCUGUGAGGAAGACAGCCACUUGUAGUGCACUUAGCCCUGCAAUCGAAACCGUGCUGUGUCUACAAAACAGCAAUUUUUUACAUUGUAGAACUAAGACUUUAAGGCUACUGCAUCCAGACCACUUCACAGAGAUGAGAUACCGUGCUGCCUGGUGCCCUGGCCAUGGUACGUGUAAAAACCAGACCCUCACUCUGGCUCUCUUGAUUCACACGUCACUCGGUGGUCCUGGAAAGUGUUAGUGUCUGUUCCACAGUACCAUGAGCUGUGGGCAAGCAAAAGAAAAUGGGGGGAUAGGGUGAGUGGAAAACAUUAAUAGAUGGAGAUCAUCAUGUCCUCAAUCUAUCAGUAAAUGGAUAUGUGCGCAGAGAACCACAAGGUAGCUUUAUCAGAGGUAGGCUCUGCAAUACCCCCAUGCAGCUCUGUUCCAAUAGUUAUAUACAGACCGGCACCCUUCAGAUCUGGUGACGGUUGGUUCCCUCUGCCUUUGCUACAACUCUGUUGCUGCAAACACACAGCGUGCAGUGGCAGCAUACUUUGCAUGGCAAUUACAGACAUAAAACAGAUACAAUUAUUGAAUUGUUUUUAGUCCAAUGCCAUUAAUGGCUGUCUGAAUGACAGAUACUAGAGGCAUGGAUAUUGGAAUAGCAAUAUGGUACUGUUUUUAGAAAGGGCUCUCUUUCAUCUGCAAGGCUGUAAGGGCAGCAUCUAUGCCCCAAAAUCACUUUAAGUUAUUCUGGUACUUAGUGUUUCUUUAAAUGGACAAUGGAGUACCUUUUGUCAUCCUUUCUUUCAAUGUUAAGCCAUUUUUGAGCAGAUUAGUGCUGGAUAAGGGUUCUUGGCCACGCACAGCCCGACAUCUUCACCACUGCUCGGAACUCCGGCCCACACUGGAGAGCAAAAAAUGGGUCGCAAGAGUAUCCUGAGAAUGGACAGCAGCUAAAAUAGCCUGCCCUUCGGUGGGUCCCCGCUCAGAACUCAAGCUGGUUUUAGCUCAACUUGUGCCAUUACAGAGAGAACAUAUCUGAAACAUAUCAGACUGGUCCCACCCAUACGGGCAGUCCAGAUUCGAAAUGCCAGCAAGUUCUCUCUGCACGAGAGAUACAGCAACCCCAGACGAUCGUUUCAGCCUUGUUAGGCAUCAUCAGUGAGGCAUAGCUGAUAUCUCUCUAAGCACCGUGAGCAAGGGGUCCACGUCUGGAUUACCCUUUAAACAAAUGGAGAGCAAAAAAUGGGCCACAAGAGUAUCCUGAGAACGGACAGCAGCUAAAAUAGCCUGCCCUUCGGUGGGUCCCCGCUCAGAACUCAAGCUGGUUUUAGCUCAACUUGUGCCAUUACAGAGAGAACAUAUCUAAAACAUAUCAGACUGGUCCCACCCAUAUGGGCAGUCCAGAUCUGAAAUGCCAGCAAGUUCUCUCUGCACGAGAGAUACAGCAACCCCAGACAAUCGUUUCAGCCUUAUUAGGCAUCAUGGUGGAUGUUAAUACAUGGAUGUUUUCAAUGCUGUUAAAACCUUAGAGGUACAACUGUUGUCUGGGCACAUAUGCUGAUCUUUGUCCUUUCUUUAUUUGCUGGAGUAGUUAGUGUUUCAUGGAUUAUCUCUCAGGCCAAUGCCAUUAAUGUCUUUGACACGGAGGUCAUAAUUGUAAGCUUCUUAAAAUUUACGUUCGCUGCAUAUCAGUAAUGGUGACCUUUCUAAACAUUCCAUAGGAUAUUCAAACAUGCCAGCGGGCAUCUAAAACAUGCUAUUGGGUAUUCUUUGCGUUUUGUUUGUUUCUCCUUUAAAAAAAAAAAUAAGUCUCCAAACAUUCAGACAAUUGAUGGAGAACAUAGGACAUGAGUGAAGCUUCUUUGUGCCUCUUCCUUAGACUGAAUAAUUCUUAAUGUGCACUGAUCUUUCCUGCAGGAUAUACAUCACGUCAAUUAAAAAUGCCUUUUUAAGGCACUUCAUGCUAUUAUAAUCUAGUAAACUGCUAUAAGUGGUAAUCAGUGCACAUCAAGAAUGACACCAAAACAGCAGCACACAGGAAGAGAGAGCUUAAAUGGAUACUCCACUGCCCAAAUACAAGCAAAUAAAAAACAACUGUUUAUUAAAUAUACCCAAAUGAAAAAGUACAUGCAUUAACCCCUUAGUGACCAGACUGUUUUUCCAUUUUCUUACCAUUAAGGAUCAGGGCUGUUUUUACAUUUCUGCUGUGUUUUUUAACUGUAAUUAUCCUCUUACUAAUUUACUGUACCCACACAUAUUAUAUACAGUUUUUCUCGCCAUCAAAUGGUCUUUCUAAAGAUACCAUUAUUUCCAACAUAUUAUAUAAUUUACUAUAAUUUCUUUUAUAAAAUAUGAUUAAAAAAAUGUAAAAAAAAACAAAAAAAAAACUUUUAUCUAACUUUGAUCCCCAAAAUCUCUUGCGCAUCUGCAACCACCAAAAAACACCCACGCUAAAUAGUUUCUAAAUUUGGUCCUGAGUUUAGAAAUACCCAAUGUUGACAUGUUCUUAGCUUUUUUUUUGGAAUGUUAUAGGGCAAUAAGUACAGGUAGGACUUUGCUAUUUCCAAAUCUUUUUAUUUAUUUUUUUCAUAGCUGGUCAUCAUGCACCCAAGUCCUAUUUGGGACAUUUUUUAAGCAGGCCAAUGUAAUUAUCCCAGUCAAACCAAAUAUUUUUGAAAAUUAGACCCCAUAGGGGAUUUCAGAUGGUGGUAUUUUUACACUUUCCAUGCACUAAUUCUACCACCAGUCCUUGUCAACCUUUUGUGUAGUCAUGUUUUUGUGUUCUUUUUCACACACAUUGUACUUUAGGCAUGGAUUCCCAGUUCCUGUUAGGCGUUACUGACAAAGAACACCCCAAUAUGUGUUCAGCAACAUCUCCUGAGUACAACAGUGCCCCCAAUGUACAGGUUUUAUGGGUUUUUGCAAACUUACAGGGUCAAAUGUAGGGCUUUCCCCUUUUCCAUGUUUGCACAUUAAAAUUUGCCAGAUUGGGUUGCUGGGCCUAUGUCGCCUUUGAGACGAUAUACCAGCACAGGAAUGAAAAUUAACCCCAUCGUGGCAUACCAUUUGUAAAAGUAGACAACCCAAGGUAUUCGAAAUGGGGUAUGUCCAGUCUUUUUUAGUAGCCAUAAACCCUGGCCAAAAUUAGUAUGUGUGUGUGUGUGUGUAUAUGUAUAUGUAUAUGUGUGUGUAUAUAUAUAUAUAUAUAUAUAUAUAUAUUUUGCAUUUUUCACACAUAAACUGCCAUUUCACCAAUGAUAUUAUCAGUAUAAUAUACUUUACUGCUCUAAAGCACUCAUGUUUGUAUAGCAUAAUGACUCACAAGUACAACAGUACCCCUUAAGUACUGGUUUUAUGGUGAUUUGGGAAGUUACAGGGUCAAACAUAAAAUUUGCUAAAUUCUGUUUUUAUAAAUUGAUAUUUACCAGAUUGGCUGUGUUAUCUUGGAGAUGGUAUGGCAGCCAGGGCCGGAUUAACAUAGGGGCUGAUGGAGCUGCAGCUCCAGGCCAUGGAAUAGGCCCAUUAAUUCUUUAUUUUUUUUUUAUUAUUUUUUUUUUUUUUUAUUUUUGAGUGCAGAGUAAAUUACAGGCAUAAACACUGACUUGUUCAACACAUGAGAUCAUCAUGAACAGUUCUUAUGGGUAGUCAAGAGAUGCUGCACUUUUUUUUUUUUUUUUUAAACAAGUUUGAGAUAUGAGGAAGACAAGAAAAUGAUAUAGUGAUGAUUUGCAUAACUGAUUAAGCUAAGCAUACAUAUCUAUUCGCUUUACCAAGAUUAAGUUUAUGCACAAAAUACUUGCUAGAUAUGAAAGGUUGCUUGAUUCAUAUAUUUAUAGCAGUAGCUUUACAAACAGGCUAGUGUAGUUUGGUUAUAAUUGGUAUUCAGGCUAGGUCUUGUGAUGUCGCUUUAAUGCCGUUUUCACCCCGGCCGUUAGGAACUACCAGUGCUGACUCAGUGAGGAGCCGUCGUUGUGGUGUUGCUGAGACCUCAAAUACAGGGGUAGUUCCGCUGCUAUCCGAUACCUGCUCUGUCCGUUUCAUGCAGCAGUGGGUGAGUGUCCACCAGAGCAGGCAGCAAAACACAGUCCAGCCCUGCCGCUCUCUGAGCCAUUCGCCGGCUUCCCUGGGGUUGCAGCCGUGGUACGGAGUGCUUGUCCUGCUUGGUCCCCUGGGGGCCGUUGUCAGCCGCGAUGGGGGGUCCGGCAUCAUCCACACAUAGCUGCCGCUGCAGGGUUCGUGCUGUUGCAGGCUGAGUGGGAGGCAAGUAGGAGGUCUGUCUCGCCGCUGAUGUGACACGCUUGGUGGUAGACUCGGUCCCUCCAUACAGCAACGGCCGGUCUGUUGUGUACCCCCAUCCCCCCAGGGCAGCCGCUGACAUCGCUGACUUGAGUGGCUGUUAGUGGGUAAAGGUAAUCCUGCUUCCCUGUAUGGCAUGGUCUAGAGGCAAGGGUUGCAGUAUCGGCUGUGAGAGUGGUUUUUUUAUUAUUAUUAUUUACUAUUCUUCACAUGCUCUUACUUAAGUAUGGGAACUUAAGGACGUAGGGGGAAAAAUUGUGUGUGCUGGCUGACAAUGAAAUUAGUUAAGGUAAAGCAGACUUUGCUUAUUAUUAUUAUUAUUAUUAUUUAUUAUUAUUAUUGAUAAUAGCGCCAACAGAUUCCAUAGUGCUUUACAAUAUUUUGAGAGGGGGGAUUUAACUAUAAAUAGGACAAUUACAAGAAAACUUACUUAUGUUGAAGAGAACCCUGUUUAAGCCCUUAGGGACACAUGACAUGUGUGACAUAUCAUGAUUCCCUUUUAAUCCAGAAGUUUGGUCCUUAAGGUGUUAAACAAGCUUACAGUGUAUAGGAAGUGGGGUAUAAAACACAGGAAAUGUCAAUCAAAUUAAGUGGGAGUGAAGCAGAGCUGGAGGAGAGAAUAGAGUGCUGCCCUUUAGGGGUGAGCAAGAGACAGGUAUGUAAGGUAGAGGUUACUCUGGGAGGACAUAAGCUUUUCUAAAGAGAUGGGUUUUAAGUCACUACUUAAACGAUUUGAGAUAUAUGUCAAAGUACACUUAUAAUUAAAUCAUAUAUAUGUAUAAUAUAUUAUGAAAUGCUUUAAUUAUUAUAUAUAUUUUUAUUAUUAUUAGGCCGGGGUGGCUGGAGCUGCUGCUGGGGUCUUCCGCAGUCCCCCCCGACCGUGAACAGGUCCAGGGCUCCUAUUUGCCACGGAUGACCAUUUUUUGUCGGACGUGCUGUCAGUAUAUUUAUAUCGGCAGACAUUUUCUGCUAAGAUAGAAUUAAAAGUGUAUAUUGCCAGUCACACUCAAAACAGAGCUGACUCCAUUUUUGUAUUUUCAGGCAAGACAGAAACAGAAUUUCUUUCUUUCUGUAACUCUACUCAUUCAAGUCUGAGCUAAGGAAUGCGUUAUGUAAACAAGAUAAGUGAUAAGGAAUAAAGUCUCACAGCAAGGAUGGAAUACUAUUUCUUAAUGUUAGUGGAAUGGAAAUAAUUUUAAACACAGACACAAGAACCAGAUAACAGUUAUAGAUAACACUUUGUAAGAUUUAAAAAGAAAAAUUAAUUACUAAGUCCCAUUGUAAGCAAGAGGUGAAAUUAUGGUUUAGACAUGUAAGAAAGUAGAUUUAAAGGUAUAUGCCCAACACGAAGUCUGGGUAAGAAAGUGAACUAAAACUUUGAGGUGACAGGUCUUGUGAGUUAUGCAGUCAUAAAAUAGAUAAAGUAAUGAUGUCGAAAUCAUCAAAUUAAGUUAACCUGUUCCAGGACAAGAAAUUUUGGUGAUGUAAUUGCGCCAUCUAAUGACCAAAAACUAGAUGAUAGUCUGUAAGGUAGACACACCUACAGUUCCCUAAUUGGUCUUAUCACCUAAUGACGUGCAGAAAGUUUGGCCCUUUAAAAAGUAAGGACAAAGAGGAUUCAGACACUGGGACUGACACACACAGUCAGACCAGGGCCGUCUUUAAUAUUGAUUGGACCCUGGGCAAAGCAUUUGCUUGGGCCCCUGGAACCUGUCCCCCCUCACCAGGCGUGCAAUCACGUCCUCCACCCUAACGAAGUGGCAGACCUAAAGUAGAGAGGUGCAAGAAUUUUUUUGAGCCUCCCUAUCGCACGGGUGAUUAGAAGGUAGAUCCCCAUCUGUCGUGCAACUCCAGCAAUGCACUGACAGCUGGGGCUCUUCCAUUUACCCAUGUUUCAAGGUUUGUAUUUAGCACUAAGCUGUUGUGUGUUUGAAUGUUAGCAGGUUUUUGUAUGGAAUAUGUUUGUAUGUGGUGUUGGCGUACGUGCAAGCAUGUAUUUAUGUGUAGUGUUGGUUUUUGAAUGCAGGGGUGUGUUUACAUAUAAUUUUGGUGUGUAACUCAGACGUGUGUUUUGGAGUUUGAAUGCCAGUGUGUAUUUGUAUGUGAUGUUAGUGUGUGAAUGCUGAGAUGUAUGCACAUAUACACACACACAUAUAUCGAUAUAUAUAUAUAUAUAUAUUUAUGGCACACACAGACAGACAUACUGGUACACAGACAUACUGACACACACACAGUCAGACCUACUGACAGACAGGGACCUACUGACAGACACACACAGACAUACUACACACACACAGACCUACUGACAGACACACACACACACAUAGACCUACUGACAGACACACACACAGACAUACUGACACACACCCAGACAGACAUACUGGCAUACACAGACACAUACUGACACACACAGACAGACAUAGUGGCACACCCAGGUAGACAUACUGGCACACAGACACACAGACAUACUGGCACACAGACAUACUGGCACACAGACAUACUGGCACACACCCAGACAGACAUACUGGCACACACCCAGACAGACAUACUGACACACACCCAGACAGACAUACUGGCACACACAGACAGACAUAGUGGCACACCCAGGUAGACAUACUGGCACACAGACACACAUACAUACUGGCACACAGACAUACUGACACACAGUCAGACCUACUGACAGACACACACUGGCACACAGACAUACUGGCACACAGUCAGACCUUCUGACACACAUAGACCUACUCACAGACACACACAUAGACCUACUGACAGACACACACACACACAGACAUACUGGCACACAGACAUACUGACAGACACACAGUCAGACCUACUGACAGACACACACAUAGACCUACUGACAGACACACACAGACAUACUGACACACAGACAUACUGAAAUACACCUAUGCAAACUUUAAAGCCCCCCUCCAGUUUCCUACCUUCCCUGGGGUCCAGUGUGCUGGCUUGGGUGGUUGGGAGUUGGGGACUUGGUCUCUUUCCUCAGUCCGCCUCCUCACUGUGUCCUGGCACAGGCUCCCUCCCGCGCGGCUCAUCAUCUCUGAGGGAGGAAGUGACUUGCGGACGUCACUUCCUCCCAGUGCUGCUGUAAAGCAAGGGGCCCGGUCGUGCUGUUAAAGGGUCACAGCACCCGACCGGGCCCCUGCUGAAACGUGCUCACCGGGUGGCCCUAAAUGUAUUGGCCACCCGGUGAGCCUCCUUAGAGUAUGGGCCCCGGUGCAGCCGCAGUGCCAGCACCGCGGGCCCAUGGCGGGGGGGGGAUUUUUCUUAUGCAGGCUAUGGGCGGCGGGGCAAAUAGGGCAGCUGCUUUGGGCCCCCAAGGAGUAACUGGGCCCGGGGCAGCUGCCCCGUUUGCCCCGCGUUAAAGACGGCCCUGAGUCAGACAUUCAACUCUCUGGGACUGACACUCAAUUCAGACUUUCAACAUCUGACAUUCAAAUACUCAUACUCUUUGAACCACAAACUCUCUUUGAAACAUAUUUUGACUUGGACUUAAAAUGUUACAAUUACUUUCUAACCAACACCACUUUUCUAUUACAUACAAUCCUAUAUACAUCAAUCAUACUUGCAUUCAAGUUCCUGGGACUAUCUACUCAUCUGAUAUGAGCAUCUACAACAUAACUGGUAAUUAUGCUGGUUUUAUUUAGUUAGUUAAAUUAAUUAGAAUUUUUCUAAUAGCAGGAAUAUAUCUGGAUAAAUCUUGUCAGAUUUCAAUCAUUAGAAAUCUUGGUUAACUAAAGAAUAUAUGGUUAUAAAAAUUCCUUUCCUGCAGGUGGAAUAAAUAUGAUGAUAUAUUAAUGAUAAAUUUGUCAGAUGUUAGCCUGCCACAUUUAUCCAGAUGUACUGAUUUGCUCUGAAAUAAGAGAGAAUCUUAUUUAGGGAAGUUAAAUUAGGCUAAUGUAAAAUCUGGUAGAUUAUUCUUAUUGGAUGGUUCCGGAAUGGUUAAUGAUCUGGUAUGAACAUUGCUUUAAUUUAAAAAUGGCAACAGAAUAGGAUAUUAUUGCCUAUGAGGAUUGUAGCCAGCAUUGAAAGGGUUACUCAGUUGAUCUAACUGUUAGCCAAGGUUUUAUUAAUUCUCGCUGUGCUGUGGAGUUCUGUGUGAAGUGAAGUACCCUCAUAAAUCUUUUGACUAAUUGCUCACUCACUGUAUCGUGUUAAACCAUUGCCAUUUUGUAUACAUCUGUUAUACUAAAUAUUCACUGAUUAUUGUCACGCAUGUUACAUAUUUUUAUUAUUAUUGUCGGAAAAUUUUUUUUAAUCAAAUUGUGAUUUACAGUAUGAAGUAAAAUCCUUUGAACGUUCUCUAGGAUCUAAGAACUAAUAUAGUGGGUAAUUCUCUAUCAAUUUUUGAUAAUUUUUAUGAAAUUAUUUUAAUAUUUUCACCCCAUAAAUAUCCCCACAGUACCAAGUACGUCCACAGUCAUUAAGGGGAUAUACUUAGAUAAGUGUAGAAUAUCAAAAUAUUAAAAUAUUUUUACAAUUUUUUUUUUAAUGUAUUUUUACAUUGUUAUAUGUGUGUGUAUUUUUAUAUUAAUAUAUGUAUAUAUAUAUUAGUAUGACGUGAUAUUUAUUUUAUUUUUUUUUAUAGUUUUUUACUUUUCAGUUCAGGCAGUCCCCUUGCUGGCAGCACUGUGGACACCUAUUGUGGUCAUGUGACCGCUCUUUUAGAGCGGUCUAAUGGCCCCUGGGGGUCCUAGUUUGCAGAGGGGGGACUGUCUGGGCUGUCAGACAUUUCCCCCCAGUGAAGCAGAAGACCGAUCGCCGGCGGGGGAACGGCGGCUAUUGGGUAAGUGGAGAGGGAGGGAGGGUAGGGGUUAAUUUUAAAUUUUCAAAAAUUUUUUUUACUGAGUGCCUUGACCUUUCGAGGCACUCAGUAUACAGGCAGAGCAUCGUAAUUAUGCCUGAUGACUUCCGAUGCUCUGCACUACACUGCCGGGCUCCACGUGGGGAAACCCCGGAAGUGAUCUCUCAGGAAGGGUAUUGCACGAUGCCGCGACAUCAAGGCAUCGCUGCAAUACCCUUAGAGCGUCUGGAAGCGAUCAUAUUUGCUUCUAGCGCUCUAAUUAGCCGUGGAUGUAUCUGGUACGUCCGCAGUCCUUAAGGGGUUAAUUAUGUGUUUUAAAAUAAAAUAAUUUCUUCAUAGUUUUAGGUGCACAGUUAACAGCAGUAAAAACAGUGUUCAGUACAUUCUCAAUAGUAACAUCAUUAAAGAGUUAGACACAUCAUGAGCAUUCGUAUAUCUGUAAUGGAGUGUUACAUAUGUCACAUUGUGCGUUUUUCACAGAAGGUAAACUUUAAAAGUAACUGUAACAUAUAGAUAUGAUGGGGGGGAGGAGGGUAAAGGGAAGUGGGGGAGGUCAGAUAUCAGAAUCGGCCAUUAACAUAAAGUUUCAUGCUGUGUCAUUUCUAUAUUUUGGUAUACAGUAUCAAAUAUACAAUGUUGCAAUAUACAUUGCUUUAAAAAAAAUUCAGUAUAUAGUGGUUUAGUUUGCGUAGAUUCAAUACUCCGAAACUCUCUACUAGGGCUGAUGUUAAUUAUGUAUUUUUUCAUUGGAAUUAUAUCUAAAAACAGUUUGCAAAAACUGCACAUCUCUUGUCUUCAGCCUUCACAAGCUCUCCUCUUCUAACCCCGCCCAAACUUUCUGUUGUUUGUACAAUCAGAGUUCCCAAUGCAGAUGACACAAUUCUGAUUCUUACAGAUCCUAUUCAAUCGGUCAAUAACUUGAUGAAGGAAAUAGAAGCAUAUAGCAAUAUUUCAAAUUAUAAGAUAAAUACAGAAAAAACAAUAGUGAUGUUUAAAAAUUGUAAGAGAGUGGAAGAAUUAAUUUAUAAAGACAUAUGGUUUUACGGACGCUAACGGUAGCUUUGAAUAUUUGGGAGUACUAAUAACGGAUAAGAUAGAAAAUAUGAUAGAGAUUAAUUUUACAAGGCUAUUGAAAUCCACCGGGAUAUCGUUAAAAAAGUGGAAUCAUUUGUUUUUUAGUUGGAUGGGAAGGAUAAACAUAAUAAAUGCGUACAUAGUUCCAAGAUGGACCUAUUUUUUUUUAGAAUGGUUCCCUUAAAAAUUCCCUUACCAUGGUUGGAGAUAAUACAAAGGAUUUUUUAGAAUUUUAUUUGGAAAGGGAAAAAACCUCGGAUCAGUUUAGACCAAUUAACGAAUACUAUAGGGCAAGGAGGGGUAAACUUCCCAAAUAUUGUAAGACAUUAUGAAGCCACCAUUAUAUACCAUACCCAGUUAUUGGGCAAAAAAGAUUCUGAAAAAAACUGGUUGGUUUGGAUUAGAGAAGGAACUAGUUAUCUUUGGCAAUCCAAGAAUACUGGGAAGGAAGUAAAAAAUAUAAUUUUAAGGAAAAAACUAAAAAUUCUGGGUAAUAUUUUUGGAUUUAUGGAGAUAGAAUUAUUGGAGGGUGCCCAAUUUAAAAAUAGAUACCUGGAAAGAUCGGAAUAUUCUAUCAUUGGACGAUAUAAUAGGGGAUAAAAUGAAAGAUUUUUUAACUCUCUGUCUAAAGAAUUUGACCUUCCACAAGUAGAGGCCUUUCGUUAUCUAAAAAUAAAGUCCUUCAUAGGGAAAUCCCUUGAUAAGGGUAAUACAAGAAGUAGUGCUCUUAUAAAGCAAAUUUUUGGAAGUGAAAGCCCUAGGAAAAAUAUGGCUAAUUGCUAUGCAUUGAUAAAAUCGGCUCCUAAAGAUAUAAGGUCUAAACAAAUAAAAAGAUGGGAAAAGGAAUGUAACUUAAAGAUUGAUUUCACGAGCUGGGGUAAUAUGAUGGUAAAGGUAAAAAAAAUAUUCAUAAUAUGAGUCUGUUUGAGACGCAUUAUAAAAUAUGUUAUCGUUGGUAUUUAGUGCCAAGCAGACUAAAUAGAAUUGACCAUAAGGAGUUGGAUAUUUGUUGGAGAUGUGGGAGUGAAAUUGGAAGCUUUAUCCAUAUCUGGUGGAGUUGUAAAUUAAUUAAGAAACUGUGGGAUGAGGUUUUCAGAAGAUUAUAUGUUUGGGAUAAAAUUUUGAUAGAAAAAAAAUCUCCAACUUCGGCACUUCUACAUCUCCACUGGCCUGAUAUAUCAUUAUAUCAACAAUUUUUAACUAUACAUUCAUUCAUGGCAGUGAAGAUUCUGAUAGCAAGAAGCUGGAAAAAUUCUAUGGUUAUUGAUUGUAACCAUUGGGAGAAACAGUUGUUGUCCCAGGUCAAGAAUGAGAUAGGCAUAUAUAGGGGGAAAGACAAUGUACAGAAAUAUGAGAUGGGAUUAAAGUGUUUACAAAUUAUAGAAGAUUGUAGAAAUCUAGGAGGAGUAGUUCACUAACUCACUUCAGUUUAUUGAGCUGUUAAAGAAUAAGAGACAUACAGGGAGUGCAGAAUUAUUAGGCAAAUGAGUAUUUUGACCACAUCAUCCUCUUUAUGCAUGUUGUCUUACUCCAAGCUGUAUAGGCUCGAAAGCCUACUACCAAUUAAGCAUAUUAGGUGAUGUGCAUCUCUGUAAUGAGAAGGGGUGUGGUCUAAUGACAUCAACACCCUAUAUCAGGUGUGCAUAAUUAUUAGGCAACUUCCUUUCCAUUGGCAAAAUGGGUCAAAAGAAGGACUUGACAGGCUCAGAAAAGUCAAAAAUAGUGAGAUAUCUUGCAGAGGGAUGCAGCACUCUUAAAAUUGCAAAGCUUCUGAAGCGUGAUCAUCGAACAAUCAAGCGUUUCAUUCAAAAUAGUCAACAGGGUCGCAAGAAGCGUGUGGAAAAACCAAGGCGCAAAAUAACUGCCCAUGAACUGAGAAAAGUCAAGCGUGCAGCUGCCACGAUGCCACUUGCCACCAGUUUGGCCAUAUUUCAGAGCUGCAACAUCACUGGAGUGCCCAAAAGCACAAGGUGUGCAAUACUCAGAGACAUGGCCAAGGUAAGAAAGGCUGAAAGACGACCACCACUGAACAAGACACACAAGCUGAAACGUCAAGACUGGGCCAAGAAAUAUCUCAAGACUGAUUUUUCUAAGGUUUUAUGGACUGAUGAAAUGAGAGUGAGUCUUGAUGGGCCAGAUGGAUGGGCCCGUGGCUGGAUUGGUAAAGGGCAGAGAGCUCCAGUCCGACUCAGACGCCAGCAAGGUGGAGGUGGAGUACUGGUUUGGGCUGGUAUCAUCAAAGAUGAGCUUGUGGGGCCUUUUCGGGUUGAGGAUGGAGUCAAGCUCAACUCCCAGUCCUACUGCCAGUUCCUGGAAGACACCUUCUUCAAGCAGUGGUACAGGAAGAAGUCUGCAUCCUUCAAGAAAAACAUGAUUUUCAUGCAGGACAAUGCUCCAUCACACGCGUCCAAGUACUCCACAGCGUGGCUGGCAAGAAAGGGUAUAAAAGAAGAAAAUCUAAUGACAUGGCCUCCUUGUUCACCUGAUCUGAACCCCAUUGAGAACCUGUGGUCCAUCAUCAAAUGUGAGAUUUACAAGGAGGGAAAACAGUACACCUCUCUGAACAGUGUCUGGGAGGCUGUGGUUGCUGCUGCACGCAAUGUUGAUGGUGAACAGAUCAAAACACUGACAGAAUCCAUGGAUGGCAGGCUUUUGAGUGUCCUUGCAAAGAAAGGUGGCUAUAUUGGUCACUGAUUUGUUUUUGUUUUGUUUUUGAAUGUCAGAAAUGUAUAUUUGUGAAUGUUGAGAUGUUAUAUUGGUUUCACUGGUAAUAAUAAAUAAUUGAAAUGGGUAUAUAUUUGUUUUUUGUUAAUUUGCCUAAUAAUUAUGCACAGUAAUAGUCACCUGCACACACAGAUAUCCCCCUAACAUAGCUAUAACUAAAAACAAACUAAAAACUACUUCCAAAAAUAUUCAGCUUUGAUAUUAAUGAGUUUUUUGGGUUCAUUGAGAACAUGGUUGUUGUUCAAUAAUAAAAUUAAUCCUCAAAAAUACAACUUACCUAAUAAUUCUGCACUCCCUGUAAUGUUUCCUAUGUAUGCUCUGUCCUUAUCCCACUUUUUAUGUGUAUGAAUGGUGUAUGUUUAGAAGUAAUUGUCUAGAUUGAAUGUUAGAUUUUUUUUUUUUUUUAAUUUGUUAUGAUAUAUUUGUAAUUUAUUCUUGCAUAAAAUCGAAUAAAGAUUUAUACUGAAAAAAAAAAAAAAAGUGGGAACUGCAUAUUAUAUGUAUUAUACGAAACCCAGACAAAGCUAGUGUUCGUGAAUAAGUAUAAAGUGGGUCUUAGUCCACAACCCAAAAGUCCUCUAUCUAGGUAGGAAAUGCCUAAAAAAAUACUAAAGAUCUAGCCCACAUAUAAAAGGUGGGGUAUAACAGCUACCAAGUUAUCUUCCCAAAUAUGAGGGAUUAAGUAUGCAAGAGGCUGUUUAGCACUAGCUAAUUACUCCACUGAGAAUUCUGGCUAAACGCACAGACAGACAGACAGACAUACAAAACCAAGAGGGCUGCACUCACCUGAACAUGCAUACAUUACAGGGUGCUGCUGAGGCCAAAAUAUAUAUUAAAAAAAAAAAAAAAAAAAAAAAAAAAAAAAAAAAAAAAAAAAAAAAAAAAAAAAAAAAAAAAGUCUUGGUAUCAACACUCAGAUAUGCUGAUAGAUGCACUUAUUUAAACUGGCAACUUGAAAUACUUCUCAAUAUAGAACACUAGUGAGAGAUGCAUCUUUUUAAAUAACAAUGUAUUUAAAAGUAGCAAGUGUUAAGUGAUAAAAAAAAAAAUAAAAAAAAAUUAUAAUAUAUAUAUAUAUAUAUAUAUAUAUAUAUAUAGUGACAAACUUACUUUCCUGUGUCUGUUUGUCCAGGAUCAUUUGGCAACCGCACAGCCCUCUAGGGUAAGAAAACCAGGUCAAGACAAAGUCCAGUUUCAAAAAGGCCUCUGGCCUGUUUAUUUUCUGUUGUUAAGUAAAGUAACAGGCUAUACAAUAAACAGCAAAUCUUCUUUCUCCUCCAAAACACUUCCCUCACUUCACCCUGCUUUAACUGCAGUUAUAUAGCUGCUCACAGCCCCUACAGGUGAGGCUAAUGACCUCGUUAGGCAGUGAGCCAGAACUCUAUGGAAAACCUGGGCUGGACUCAUGCACAACCACUCUGACAGUGGGUGGAGAAUCGGCCCACCCUGCUCUUCCGAAUACUCCACCCCAGGGACCCAAAUAACAACAGAGGAAAAAAACCUACAUUUAAACUUCACUUUCCCUGGGGCUGCAUGUGCUUACCCACAUGUCAGGAUAGUGGCUGUGCAAAAGUCUGGGUGCCAGAUAUACACCCCUGACCACCAUCCCCAACACUCUGUUACAAUAUAUAUAUAUAUAUAUAUAAACAACAAUUGUAAGGAUUAUAAGCUUAUGGAUAGCCCUGCAUCCUAGAAUGUAAUAUCUAUAAUAGUUAGGCUGAGUAGAUUGAAAAGGAUAUAAUUCAUAUUAAUAAAGCCCUCAUGCACAUAAUAUACAUUCACAAUUAAGGCAGAAGUAGUCAAUAAAUGCACAAGCCUAAGCCUAAGGAAACCAUGCUUAUAAUGCUGCUGACCCCAUGGUCAUAAUACUUUCUGAUUGUUGUCUAUAUGAAUUAAACAUGGAGUCAGAAGUCCGGAAUCCUACUUAGGGUACUAACAACCUAUAGUCAAAAAAUAGACAUAAACAUAAUUAUAAUACCAAAAUAAUUAUCUGAUCAGAAGUACAAAUUAGUAUAGCGUCAGAGGUCCGAGAUACUAACAAUCUCAGUCUAGGACGCUAUCACAUCAUAAAAAAAUCCCCAAAGUAUACUUUUCAUUUAGUCCUUUAGGUUGCACUGUAUCUAAAGUUCUGAUCCAGUAUAGUUCUCUUUGUAAUAGGAGCUUCUUACGAUCAUCUCCCCUCAAAGGUUGUGGGAUGUGAUCAAUUGCCAAGAUAUUCAUUGUGGGGAGAGGAUGGUUGUAUUACAAAAAAAUGUUUAGCAACUGGUAGCUCUGUGCCUUUAUCCCUGUAUACAAUACGUAUGCUCGAUCGAUGAUUACGUAUUCUUUCACGUAGUGGUAAAUCCGUCUGUUGCCAGACCACACGGACACCCCAGUUUAUAUACAACAUAAUCACUUGUACAGGUAAGUCUGUGCCUUAUUAAGUAUUUCUUGCCUUUAUGUGGAUGAGUAAACGAUUUACUGGGGAUCAUAUGACUGCACGUCACACAGCCCAAGCAUCUGUAGCACCCCAGGUUAUUAUAGGUAGUCGGUUGGCUAUAGCAAUGUGUGGGAUCGGUUUUGACCAGUAAAUCCCUCAAAUUGCUACCCCUUCGAUAGCACAUCAUCGGGCAUUGUUUGAAUUGUAGUGGCAAACUAGUGUCAUUCUGUAACAUUCUCCAGUUCCGGUCAACCGAUUGUUUAAUGUUGUCAGAUAUGGUGGUAUAUGUUAAAGGGAAUACCAAUCUUUCUGUUGUGUCUGUUCGUUGUACUGGUGUUUCAUAACACCUAUCCAAUGCUUUUGACAAAUUUCUAGGGUCAUAACCCCGUGCAAGGAAUUUGGCCCACAUAACCUGUAACUGAAGUUGUGUGUUGGCCACAUUAGAGUUGUUUCGUAUUACCCUCAUAAAUUGUGACUGAGGGAGUGAACUGAUAAGAUGUUUUGGAUGGUGGCUUUCAGCGUGCAGGAGAGUAUUCCUGUCAGUUAGUUUAUUGAAUAAGGUAUAGGCUAUUCUGCCAUCCUCCUUAUACAGACGAAUAUCUAAAAAAUCGAUCUGCUCGUCACUUAUGGUCAUCGUGAGGCGGACUGGUGUGUCUAAACUAUUAAUGGUAUCGAGCAUUUGGUUUGUUCCAGAUAAUGAGAAUAUCAUAGAUAAAAUGACGGUAAAACAAUAUACUGUCAUGAAAUGGCAAAAGAAUAUGUUCUUGUUCAAAUAUGUACAUAUAGCUAUUAGCAUACAUCGGGGCCAUGGACGCCCCCAUUGAAGUUCCUGCAAUUUGUUUAUACCAAGUAUGUUCAAAUCUGAAAUAAUUUUGACUAAGUACCAAAUGUAAUAAUUCCAAUAUGUACUCAACUGGUGGGCCCGUGUAGGAUGGUGAUGAUGUCAGGAUCUUUCGCAUUGCGUUAAUGCCCAUUUCGUGUGGGAUGAUCGUGUAUAAACUUUUUACAUCAUAUGCAGUUCCCACCUUUAAUAACAUCUUAGUUUAUGUUGAGUGUAGUGUUUUACUUGCUUUAUUGUAUAUGAUUAUUUGCAGUAGGGGGUUACUUUGGAGAUAGGGAUCGCUAGUCUUCUCCCCUCCCACAUAACAAGCCCCUCUGCCCAGCCCGACUUUACCGGCAUGUUGCUAUGGCAACAUAUCAACUUCCGGGUUGCGGUUCAACACUGGAACGCAAGGUUAGACAGCAGCACAUCUCAGCUGCUGAAUUCAUCUAUAGGGGUCAUUUUUACCCGCGUUUUUUUGGGCAAUUAGCACAGGAACUACUCUGGGAGAGGGGUAAGUCACACCUGUAUAUAAUACAAUGUACUAAUUUAAUUUGUAUUUGUUUGCUAUAUAUUUGUUGGUUUAUGUAAUGCACCUUAUCCUGACGAAAGUUCUGCAUAGGAACUGAAACGUUGAUAUUUUGUGGCAGUUGCUGAAUAAAAGCAAAGUUAUAUUUUUUCACCAUAUGUAUGAAGUCCUGGGACUGCUAUUUUCCACCAUUGUGUUCUAUUUAUAUUGCUGAUGAGCACCGGGCUUAAUUUUGUUAUAACAGGAGUGCAAGUAUUUGGAUAUUUUUUAUAUAUAUAAUAUACACACACACUAAAUCCCUUUAAAUCCCAUAAAAUUAGGCAUUAAAUCCCUCCUUUUGCAUGGCGGCAUCGCAUGUCCUAAUGUUGUUAACUGGUUAUUUGGAAAUUGACUACAACCAAACAAAACAUUGAAAAUCUAAAACUUAUGUUCAAGUAUUUUUGAUACAUUCAAAAUUUGGCAAACUACAUCACAAUUAACAUCAGUCCAGGCACAACCAGGGCACACACUGCAAUCAUAACUAUAAACUUUGUUUCUCUAUGCUGACUGCCAGGUGCAAAUGAUAGAGCAUACAAUAGCAAUUUUAAGACCUGACAGGAGUCGUCAUAUUUUGCUUAGUCUUUCUUUACUAAGCUCUACAGUAGCACAAAUAAACAAGAGAAACAUUAACCAAUCAGAAAACAAUCUUGGGAGCCAAAAGAGGCCAUUCCUCUUUCUUUGUUGCACCUCAACAAGCACAGGUCAGAGUGUGCUUGUUAUAUAUUUAGGUAAUAGGAACACGCUGAAAAGCGUGUCAAGCGUUUUCUUUUUCUUUAAUCUCUGCACUUGGUAGCACUUCUUUAUUUUUGUUACCACUAUGGUUAUUGAUUUUUAGGUAUUUAUUUAUAACUUUAGUAGGGAGAGUUGGUUCAGAUAGACACUAGUGGUUAGACCACGGUGUCGAGGUAACUUUUAGGGUGAAUUGAGAGAUUUAUUUAAUUAUUUAUUUUCUGUGUGAGGCUUUUCAUCUGUGUUUAGACCUGAUUACCCGGUUCCUUGUUCUCUGGGGACCCUGUGCCUCUUCUCUCUGCCUAACCUCGUUUACACUACCUUCCUGUCAGUCGGACACUAGGGGAACUGAAACUUAGAUGCUAGCUAGUACUCCAGACAAUUGAUCCCCUGGGCACCGUUUUUCAAGUUAUACUUUUUGAUUGCAUAUCCCUUUUUAUCCUUAGAUUGAUUAAAGGUAGGGCCUCCCUUCCUCAUUUCUUAUACAGUGGAGCUCUCCUGAUGUUGGUUUCCCUUUGUGGGACUCUACACAUCACCUACUCCUAUUACCUGCAUAUUUUGGAGGGUUGCUCCCUAUUAGGUGGUUACAGUGGUGCAGCUCAUGAGCCCUUGACUUGUAUCCGGACUCCUGACCUGCACUCUGUUUACUUUAUUUCUCCAUUUUGUUAUAUAUUUACUUUGCAUUCCCUUCAAAUUCUCACUUUAGUGAGUAACACUAUAAAAAAAUCAGUUCUAGAACAUGCUUAGUUUAUAGUAAGAAAACAGUUAAAAAAAAAUAAUUAAGACAACUCACAUGAAAUAUACCCUUUCAGUAUAAUGAGAAGUAUAAUUCUAUGUAUUCAUUGUUGGGAUUUUAUUUAUGUUUUUUUGUUGUUUGUUUGUUUUUAAGGCAAAAGCAACAUUUGCAACAGGUCCACGGCAGACCGACACCACUUUCUAUGAAUUCCGUACUUACACUAUCAAGCCAUCCAAGAUGAGCGAAUUCACGAAACAUACUAAUGAGAACUUCCACUUUCGUACAAUUCACUCGGAGUUGAUUGGAUACUUUACUAUGGAGCUAGGAGCUCUGAAUAAAGUGUUCAGCAUUUGGAAAUAUGGUAUGCAAAACUAGGGACUAAAGUAUGUAAAAAGGUACCAAUGCUUGGAUCACUAAUUAUAAUGGAUCAUACAAUUCUUUUGCUAUGCCUCCCAUUCAUGACUGGAUUAAAAAUCCCCGGUACAUCUGCAACUAGUUGACAACUCAUUGCAUGUAUGUAAAAUAGUUUUGUUAAAAUGUAACCUUUAUAUAACUUUAUAUUCUAUUUUUCUACUUUAGGCAAUUUCGCAGAAAGAACAGCCAUUCGGGCAAAACUUGCCCAAGACAAGGAUUUCAUGGAGAAGUAUCUUGCUAAAGCAUUGACGAUGAUUGAUAAACAGGACAGUGAAAUUGCUUACUUAGUGCCAUGGUGUAAGCUCGAUAAGCCAGAAAAAACAGGUAAAGCUGUGUUUUGAGAUUCACCUCCUCAUUUCAUCCUUGUUCGUUCUAGAUUCCCCACUUUGUUUUUAUUGUUUUUUUUACUUUUCGGUCUGACCUUCUAUAGUGCCCAGAAACUGGCAAUAUGAAUUGCAAUGUACAAUGACUUUGGCACGUGACAUAAGUAUUGCAGUGCUUUGUGCAUUACUUCAGCACACUUCUGGCUGCAAAUUUAAAUAAAAUCUUUGGAUAUAGUGUUAUAAUAGUUACAGCAGUUUGCUUUGAUGUCACAUUUGCAUGUAUGUGUGUAAGAAAAUCUUGUGAACAUGGCCCCCUGGAUGGUGGUACUCAUUACCUAGUUCUUACAGUGGUUGACAUGGAGUUAUUGAAUACCUUCACCUAAUUUUGAUGACAUCUGUGAGAGAUAGCUUGCAAACAAGGGGUGAGACAUAAGAAACGCAUAGUCUAUAAGAGCGAAACACCGAUUUAUUUAUCUGAAAGAGAGGGUUCAAAUACAACUUGUAUGUAAAGUAAUACGUGGUACAUACAGUUAAAAAUAUUUCUAACAAUUUGUCCAUUACUAAUAAUUAUCUUAAUAGCCUAAAUGUACAUAUUCUUUAUGGUAGGUGUUUAUGAAUUGGUCACCUUUCAGUUUAAGCCUGGCGGACCAGCUGUGUGGGGAGAUGCCUUUAGAGCUGCAAUCUCUACUCAUGUUCAUACUGGCUACACCAAACUUGUAGGUGUCUUCAACACAGAGUAUGGACUGCUAAACCAAGGUAAAGUCUCACAGUCUUGUGCUUUUUACGGAUCAUGCCUCUUCCUUGUAUUUAUUUACUGUUUCCAGUAAACCUCAGAUCAUCUUGGAAAUAUAUGGGAGAAAUCCAGGUGGACGUAAAUUCACCAUGUUGCUAUAACCUAAAUCAUGACAAAUCCCACAACAUGACCUGACUGGCAGAGAAAAAGCCUUAGUCUCAUGGUAGAAUGGUAUAUUAAUAAAGUAAAGCCCUUUGGGUGAAGUUGGAAGCCCUCCAGAAAUUCCCAAAAAUAUGUUUGGACAUAGAACAUGGAUCCACACAUCCUAGGGAACUGUUUUGGGGAAAGGUCAUAACAUCUCCAUGCUGCAUUGCCAUUAUUAUAGUAUUGAGAGAGAGAGAGAGAGAGAUAUGGAUGUAUUAUAAUAUAUAUUUAUGGCAGGGCCUGUAGUUGUGGCUUGGGUCCCCUUUUUAAGUGCCUCCAAUCCUCUCUCACAUAGCGUUAUUGGUUUGGCGAGUUGAGUGUGACUACUUCCGGUCACUCACAAGUCGCCAUUUUGCUGUUUCUUACCUGUGUCCUGGUUCUGCUUACCUGACCGCUUCCAGCCAGCUUCUUCCUCCAGCCAGCUUCCUCCUCCAGCUUGCUCGUAGACUAACCCAGAAGUGCUCAUUUGAACUGUAAGUUAGGCCCAAACAGUCGCGCCUCGCACGCGUUCAUUUGGCGUCAUCACGGUUUGGGUCUAUUUCAAUACUUAUCAAUUCGUAUGGUUUUGCAUGUGUUUGCAUAGAAACACACGUACGCAUUACUAUUUCUGUCUGUCUGGGGCUUUCGGUACUUUCAACCGCACAAACAGAGACCCUUGUUCAGCUCCUUUCGCAUACGCUAGCCGAUACAUACUUUGUGUUAAGAGUUUGUGUGAAAUUCAUAAGAAUUGACUAUUUGAUAUGUUCUGGAAACGCACGAACACCUGUUUAAAGCAUAGGAUGUUCGCACGAUUCCUCCCAAUUGUCUGUUAUAUCUAAAUUCAGCAAAUACACAAAUAGAUACAAGCUGAAUGUAUAUUUGACUGAUUUUAGGUUAAGGUGCCCUCUACUGGUUAUGAACGAUCUUACAGUUUAAAUUUGAAUUUUGCAUAUUGUAACUGUGGAUAAUAUGUAUACUAAAACCUGCUAUUUGGUUAAAAUCUAGAUGUCUUCUUAAUGUUCUACCUGGAGGUUCGGUUCAGAACUGUAAUUCAGGGGAAUUGUUCCUGUUUGGCAAACCCUUCAAGAAUGUCAUUUUUAGGUGACAAUAUCUGGCCAGCCUGUUUCAAAUCACGAGGCGUUCAUCAAUUCAUGGCAGCAUUUCCCAAAUUGCACUAUGUCUAGCAAUCUGGGUAGGUUACUCUAUAUUACUUGGGUCCACGAUCUGGGCCACUUGUGUUACCACUAUUUUACGGUUUCAUCUUUAGGCUAUUGAACAAGAGGUGGCAGCGCUUCUCCUCUCUUCUCGCUGCACCACUUGCCCACCUGAUCUUGUCCUGUCUCACCUUAUCAGAUAUCUCUCCUCUUGUCUUGUGUCUUCCUUAACACACAUCUUCAACUGCUCUCUCUCUUCUGGUGUUGUCCCUGCUGCCGUUAAACAUGCUACUGUAGUACCCAUCUUUAAAAAAAAUCUCUUGACCCGUCCUCCCCUUCUAACUAGUGUCCCAUAUCCCUGCUACCAUUUUCCGCAAAGCUUCUGGAAAGACUUCUUUACCCAUCUGACUUGUUUCCUCAAUUCCAACUCUCUCCUUGACCCUCUUCAGUCUGACGUCCGCCCCCUGCACUCUACCAAGACUGCUCUUAUUAAAGUCACUAAUCCUUCCAUACUAAUCCUUCUUGACCUCUCUGCUGCUUUUGACACUGUUGACCAUGUUCUCCUUCUCCAAACUCUUCAAUCACUUGGUCUCUGUGACAGUGUCCUCUCUUGGUAUUCCUCCUAUCUCUCCCAACGCUCAUUCAGUGUCUCCUUUUCUAAUGAUACCUCCUCCCUUAGUCCUGUCAGUUUUCUCUAUAUACUGCCUCUCUUGGCAAACUUAUUACCUCAUUUGGAUUCCAAUAUCACCUGUACGCUGAUGACACUCAGAUAUACCUCUCCUCCCCAGACCUCUCCCCUACUGUCCUGCAACGUGUCACUGUUUAUCUUUUUUCAAUCUCUGACUAGAUGUCCUCCCAAUUUUUGAAACUCAAUCUCUCUAAAACUGAGCUCCUUGUCUUUCCUCCUCCUAAUACUGAUCCUCCUCUCUCGCUCUCCCUUCAAGUUAGUGGUACCAACAUCAGUCCAUCCUUGCAAGCAUGCUGCCUUGGCGUUAUACUUGAUUCUGGCCUCACAUCCAGUCUGUUAUCAAAUCCUGUAGAUUCCACCUUAAAAAACAUAGCCCACAUCCGCCAUUUUCUUAAGCAAGAUGCUACUAAGGAGCUUGUCCAUGCUCUAGUAAUCUCUUGCAUGUAUUAUUAUAACUCUCUCCUAAUAGGUCUGCCCACAAGUCGUAUUGCCCUGCUACAAUCUGUAGCUAGACUAAUUUUCCUCUCCUGUCACUCCUCUCACACCUCUCCCCUCUGUCCAUCCUUACAUUGGCUUCCUGUAUCUUAUAUGAGUCUAUUCAAGGUACUAAUCCACACCUAUAAUGCACUGACCAAUUCUAGUACUUCCUUCACUGAUCCGCAGGUAUGCCCCUUCUCGGUCUCUCCUCUCUGCCCAUGACCUUCUUCUGUCCACUGCACGCACCCGUAUAGCCAACUCACACUUGCAGUACUACUCGCAGGUGGCUUCUUUCCUUUGGAAUAGCCUGCCUACAACCGUCAAGCUCUCCCCUAGUCUUCAAUCUUUUUAAAAGUGCCUCAAAACCCAUCUCUUUAGGAAAACUUAUGGCCUCCCAGAGUAACCUCUACCUCACAUACCUGUGCCUUGCUCUCUCCAAAAGGGUCACACGCUAUUCCCUCAUCCGCUCUGCUUCACUCCACCUUGUUUGAUUGCUACCUCCUGUCCUGUUGGGUUUUACGCCUAACCUCCUAUAGACUGUAAGCUCGUUUGAUCAGGGUACUCUUCAACCUAUUGUUUUUGUAAUUGUCUCAUUUAUUGUCAAAUAUCCUCCUUUGAUAAUAUUGCAAAGCACUAUGGACUAUGCUGGAGCUAUAUAAAUACCAGUAAUUAUAAUAAAAAUAAUAGGUUGCUGAACGUUAACACCCCCCACCCUCCUUACUCUGCUCCUAUAGAGAAUCAUCUUUUUAGAUUCUCAGUGUCCCAGGUAGAACACAUGGGUGUCGGCAUGGGCAUAAUUGUAAUGACAUCCAUGCUUGACCCCUUUUUGACAGUGUCAUGAAGGGGAGGAGCAUAGUCAUUAUCACAUAAAGCCAGGGUGAAUAGCAUUUUCACAACUAUGUUAUCAGGAAUACAUGUUUGUAUUCCUGACACUAUUGUGUUCCUUUAAUCAAAUUAAAGCUGCACUGUCAUGCGAACUUACCUUUCCCCAAUUGAUUCCUCUUCUCUACCUCUGUCAGGAUCUGUUCUUCGUUUCUUCCUGUCUGCUCUAGUUUUCUUUAAAAUUAUAAGAUAAACUAUGGACUAUUUGUCUUAUGGAGGUUUCCUAAGCUACGACCAGUGGAGGUCCCCUUUUUAAGGGCCUCCAGUCCUCUCUCAUAUAACGUUAUUGGUCUGGCGAGUUGCCCCUCCCACCACUCCCUCUUAUUAACUAUGAUGUUUAUUACUAAUUAUGUGUAACCUAACCAUUACGGCAAUAUUGCCCCGACCACAAAUAUAAAUAUAAAUAUAUGUGUGUGUGUGUGUGUGUGUGUAAAAAUUGUGAUUGAAAUCCCCUUCCACAUGAAGUCUGUAAUAUAAUACAUUAAUACAAUGUUAAACAAAAAUCUGCAAACCAGUAACCAACGUCAUGCUGACAAGUUGCAUUAACAACGAAACAGCUGUCCAAACUGGAUGCCGCUUGGGGAGAGUGGAGAUUGACACUGGGGGCAACUCUGGGGUUAAACUAUUGAAAAACGGUUUAAACCCUUCAGGUAAGAGUGAGCUUGUAGGCUUCCUGGCACAAUAAUAACUUAAUUUAGAUUAUGUUUUUAUGGUGCCUGGGCUGGGUGGACCUCUUGAUAUUAUUAAAAAAAAUAUAUAUAUAAUUUGUGGUCAAGGCAUAAAGCCGUAGAGUUAGUCAAAACAAUUAGGGCAUGAAAAGUCAGUUGUGGUGUGCCGUAACUGACGACGUAGUAGGCCUGAAAUAAAAGAGGGCCUACCUCAAGAAAUGGUUAAAAGGAGGAGUGGUGGGUGGGGCAAAUCUCAAGACCUGAGCCGGUAGCAGGUGAAGGGCUGGAGCUCCUUAAGAAGGGGAACCAAGCCCCUCCCACAACUUCAGGCCCUGCCUUCCAUUUGUGGUCAAGGCAUAAAGCCGUAGAGUUAAUAAAAACAAUUAGGACAUGAAAAGUCAGUUGUGGUGUGCCGUAACUGACGACGUAGUAGGCCUGAAAUAAAAGAGGGCAAAAAGAUGUAACCAGUUUAUUCAGCCUACAAUACAGUAUAAGAUUAUCACACAAUCAUAUUCUUGAAGGCUAGGCGUACUUCCUGAACUGGCUGGGGGAUGUAUCGUGUAUAAGCUGUGGACUUCCAGCGACCCAUGAUCUUAAUGAUGUGUGCGGGGAUAUUCUUUUUUGAAGCGGUAGUAGCGGCUCCUAUGCGAAAGGAAUGACCAGAAUAUUUGGCCGGGUUUAGCCCCAAGCAUACUAACAAUGUUCUUACGUAGAGCAUGAACUUACUGAUGGUCAGAGUUUUACCGUACAAUGCCAGUAGUGGUUGAUGUGGUGUCAUUGGGAUGGAUGAAAGGUACUGGUUGUUUUUGUAUGUCUGUGGUUAUGUGUGCAUGUCUGUGUGUGCGCAUGUGUUUAGUAGAUAGCUCCUUCAUUUUAUAUCCUUGAAUAUAGCAAUCCCACAUAAGGAUAACAAAUAUGAGUUAUCUACUAAACAACUGAAAGAUCUAAAUUAAGAGAAUACUUUUUUUUAGUUUUGAUAUUCCAGUUGUAGUAGAUGACGCUCUUGUUAUCUUUAUGUGGGAUUUCCAUAUUUAAAGAUAGCAAAUUAUGGUGCUGUUUAGCAGAUGGCUCCCUUAUUUGGUAUCCUUCAAUAUGGCGAUCUCACAUAAGGAUAGCAAAUAAAGGAGUUAUCUACUAUACAAUUGAAGUAUAAAAAUUAAAGGGUUUUUCUUAAUGUUGAUCUUUCAGCUGUUUAGUAGAUAAUUCCUUAAAUUGGAUUGUGGGAUUUCCAUAGUUAAAGGGAUCCUAUAGUUCCAGGAAAACACGUUUUUUCUGGCACUAUAGGGUUAAUAGGUCCCCUUCAGCAACUUACCUGAAUCCAGCACUGGGUCAGGCUCCACCCACCCGCCUCCUCGCCCAUGUCAUCCGGCGGGGGAGACCUAACGCGCAUGCCAUUAGACCUCCCUGUAGAAAAGCAUUAUUAAAUGAUUUCCUGUGGGGAAAAUCUGACGCUGGAGGUCCAAGAAGAUGUCCAGCGUUAGAUAACGGACCGGAAGUCUGUUUAGAUUCCGGAAGCCCUCUAGUGGCUGUCAGACAGCCACAGAGGGCAGAUUUGGAGUUGCAAUGUAAACAUUGCAGUACUCUGGAACUGCAAUGUUUUACAUUGCAGCACGAAGUGCAAAAGGGUCACAGCACCGAGACCACUUAAAUUAUCUGAAGUGGUCUGGGUGCGUACAGUGUCCAUUUAAACCCUUAAGGACACAUGACUUGUGUGACAUGUCAUGAUUCCCUUUUAUUCCAGAAGUUUGGUCCUUAAGGGGUUAAGGACAUCAAAUUAGGGUGGUGUCAAUAAAUAUGACAAAAUAGCAAAUAGGGGAGUUAUCUGCUAAACAGUUUGAAGAUCGAAAUCAAGACGAGGUGUUAGCCAGCCCAGAACAAGAAUUCCAGGAGGCUAAUGUGAAUUCUGUUCAAAUUUGUUGUCUGACUCCAGCUUGUACAGAAUGCUGGCCCGAGACAGCCAAUAGCGGCACGUUACGCCACCCACAGUGGAAAUGAUUAGUGUCCCCUUCCCAGUUUUGACUGUGGUAUCUUAUGCGCCCUCCCAAUAUAUUGUUCCUAGAGUCACUUCUGAACUGACAUUAUUGUUAUGCUUGCCUGGAUUACACCUAGAACGCCAUUUAACCACACCGUCCUGCAGCAUUACUUGUUAGUAAUGCAAAAGGUAUAACAAAUGAUGUAGAAUUUUGGUAAAACAGGUUUGUAUAGAUAAGCAGUAUGUUUAGCAUAACAUUAUUAUCUAGUUUCUUGACAAUUAUAAGCUUGAAGAGCAAUAUAUGAUUCUAAAACCAAGGUCUCUGUUGACCAGGCAAAUUGAUAAUUUUUUUGUAUAAUUAUCACACUAUCAGCACUGCUUACAAAAUGCUGUCUGUGCAACAGAACUUUUAUUAGGCUGGUUUUCCUUAUAUCUGUGUAACUAUAGCUGUAUUAACGAUUUCUAUGUAACUGUGUUGGUGGAUGAUUCCUUUAAAUAUUUUCUAUACAUUUGUAAUUAAAGUUCAUGUUCUGUGGUGGAAUGAGAGUCCGGACAAUCGAGCUGCUGGAAGACAUUUUGCUCACGAAGAUGCAAGAGUGGUGGCAGCUGGUGAGUAAUUUGCAGCUUUUACAUGAAGUUUACAAUAAUUUUCUUAAAAUAUUCUGUUCCUUUAAUAUGGAUUCCACAUUCUAGAGAGCUUAUCCAAUGCACCACUGUCCUAAUGGAUACUUUAUUUUACUGACCUGGCCUAAUUAUAUAUGUGAUGUCCUUCUAUGUGUGCGUGCAGAGGUGUUCAAUUAAAGGAAUAUUCGAUGCACCAUAACCACAACAGCUUGCUGUAAUGGUUACGGUGCCAGGAGCCCUGGCUUCCCUCCCUCCCCCGCCCAUUGUAAGUGGUCAAACUGUUUAAAUGAUUAUUCUUCUUACUUUGGGUUCUCAACAGCUGCUAACCAGACUCUACUACUAACACCAGAGAGCCAGCAGUUACGAAGCUCUCCUGAGCGGAGCGCUGCAGUGAAAACGACUUUGACUUUUUGAAUAUGAUUAAAAUUAAAUUGGUGGUGUUAUUCAAAAUUCUCAAGCUGAGCCCUCUGGUGGCUUUACUAAAAAUGCACGUUAAUCAGAAGAACAUAAAAUGUGCAUUAUAGCCAUAUACAGCAAACCAAGAGCCUCCGUGCAGGUCAACGGAGCCCGAACUGCGGACUUUACAUUUAGCAAUGGAACCAGACAAGGGUGCCCCCUCUCCCCUCUAUUAUUCGCUAUGUCCUUGGAACCACUCCUGCCUGUGAUUCCCCUGAACCCGAACAAACAGGGACAUAAAGGACGGGGAGCGACCCAUAAAGUCGCGGCAAACGCGGAUGAUUUGCUUUUCUUUAUCAAGCAACCCCGAAUAACCUUACCAAACCUUCUAGCGGAGUUCAAACUUUAUGGCGAAAUCUCGGGAUUCAAGCUCAACAUAUCAAAAUGCAAGGUGCUAAAUCUUACAAUACCCACAGCCGAAUACAUAUCGCUAGAAUCACAGUUUGAGUUUAGAUGGUGCCAACACAAAAUGAAAUACCUGGGCAUAUGGGUAACCACAGACCCCGGAAAGCUAUAGGAGCACAACUUUCAACCCCUGCUGCACACGAUCGUGGCGGACCUCUCCAAGUGGGGAUACCCCCACAUAACAUGGCACGGGUGCAUAGCAGUGCUCAAAAUGAACGUGCUUCCCAGAGUUCUAUACCUCCUGCAGACAAUACCCCUAACACCGCCGGCGGUCUUCUUCUCCUCUCUGAAAUCUGCGGUCAUACGCUUUACGUGGUGAGGUGAACGAUCCAGUCUACGGCAUGACAUACUGUGUCUACCUAGGGUCAGGGGAGGACUGGCGCUGCCGGACUUUAGAAAAUACCACCAGGCUACACCAAGCUCCCCUUCACGGCUGACGCCGACCCUCAGAGAACCAAGAGGGACAAGCAUACUGAAGCACAGCUGCAGACUCAGAGGAACCAGCGAGAACCUUACAGUGCAGCAUGAGUGGACUGUGGCCUGAUGCCUGCUCUGGUGGACACUCGCUCCAUGUUACACAGAUAGGGCAGAGCAGGUAUCGAAUGAUAGUGGGACUCCCACUGAGUGUGAGGUCUCUGGACCACCAAGAAGAUGGCUCCCCGCAGAGGCAGCAUGAGUGGUCCCGGUCGGCCGGGGUGAUAAUAGCAUUAAAGCGAUUUACCUAACUGUAGCCUGUUGCUAACCAAUGCACGAUUAUUAUUUAAUCAUAAAGCUUUAGUUUACUUUCAUAAUAUAUAUGUUGCACCAGCAUUAUUUAGAGCAUUUAAAGUUUAGUCAACGCAUUGACCCAGCCUAAAUUUACCCUAUAGCUACUUCUACAAUCGAUUGUUUAUACUUGUCAUUAAUAUAAAAUGUGCUUGUUCAUCUUGUGCCCCGCAUGUUGAGCGUGGGAAAUGCUGGAGGACUGCUCUCGGAGCACCUCUUGCCUGCCCGUACUACAAAUAUGCACAACAAAAAUAAAGAAUUUUAAAAAACCAAAACAAAAAAAAACCACCAGGCCAUGGUACUGCAGCGCAUCCUGGACUGGCAUUUUGACCCCCCCACAGAAACAAUGGGUAACGCUGGACAGGAAAGCUAACAAGGGGACAAUGGAACCGAUGAUCUGGGGAGGAGAUCUGAGAACUCAAGAACCGGGAAGGGACGAGGGGCCGGUAGCGCAGACGCUACGAGAAUGGAAAUAGUUGAGAAAAAAGCCACACAUUUCACCUACACCUAGUCCGUUGCUCCCAGUGACAUAUAACAGCAAAAUAGGAGGUGGCCUGUCAGCCAGAGCGUGGAGAAUUCUGGACAAUGGGGACUACAUCCCCAUAAGCUGAGCCUGGCGAGCAGGUGAACUACAAGACCUAGACUCGCUCCUGGAGGGUAGACCGCGGACUGCCAUGAUCACCCUCCGAUAUAUGCAACUGAAACAAUUCUACACCACACUUCCGCAUAGAGAACGUGUGCACAGGUAAUUGAAGUGGUUUGAGGGAAUGUGUGCCCAAGGCACCACGACGGAUCAUGCCGUUUCCGCAAUGUAUCAACAGCUAUUAACAGACGACCAACCAAACAAUCAUACCUUCCAGAGACAAUGGGAGGAAUCCCUAGGUAAGACACUGACAGCGCCACAGUGGGAUAAGGCCCUAGUGUGGCAACAUAAAAGUUCCACGAGCUCCUACUAUCAGGAGGUAAACUACAAACUCAUAGCCCGCUGGUAUAGAACACCGACCAUAAUACACAGGAUAUUUCUGACUACGCCACCGACGUGCUGGAGAUGUCAAGAGAGAGGCUCAAUGCUACAUAUAUGGUGGGAAUGCCGUGACAUACGCUCAUACUAGGCCAUGGUGAAAACCGAAGUGACCUUGGUGCUGGGAGAUGUCCCAGACUGGUCGGCAAAACUUGCUCUACUACACAUCUCUCAACAAACGAUUUUGAGCUAUAAAAAAAUCAAUCCUCCGACACCUACAGAACGCGGCCAAAGCAUCCAUACUGGCCCACUGGAAGAAAACUGACAUCCCAACAAAGAGAGUGGAUUCAACAGGUGGAGGACAUCCAGAGCGCAGAGGCACUCCCGGCUUCCCUAACGGGUAGGGACACCAAACAUGUGGAAAUGUGGAGGCCAUGGUUUGUUUAUAUCGCUUGACACUUACGGGGCGGAGGCGGCCGGGCGGGCAAACCCAGGCACCUCUUAAAGCACACUUUUCAUGCAACUGAAACAAUUCUACACCACACUUCCGCAUAGAGAACCUACCCAUUUCUCCCUACUGACCCUCCCUUUCAUUUCCUUCUCCUCCCCCCCUCCUUCAACCCUACAUCAGGAACACAGAGGGACCACUAUCACGGAAACAGAGGACGCGUUCUCAACAGGCAUCCUUAUCACUCACGAGAAAUGACACACAUCCACUUAACCACGGACCCAUCAACACAUCUCAGAACCUCAUAAGACACAUGGCACGCAAAGCCGGAAAACAUGAAACAUUGAGCAAGGACAAGACACUAACGCUCACACUGAAACACCACCACCGCCCACACAUAAAGCCAACCACACACCCACACAUCUCAUAACACGACAAUGAUAACCUCAUCCCCAACUAAGCAUACCGACACCAGACAAGAUAUAAUUAGACCGCAUAUAAUGGGGGACGACGCAGCUCCACCUAUACAUGAGGCUAACCCCAAGUCCAAGGCUUGGGCAAACAUGCGAGACAGGUCGUAUGAAACGGGGAUGUAAUCUAUGAUACUUGUUGGAGGGGAUGGGGAAACUGGGAAAUGUAAUUAACAUGCUUAUAAGCUGAAAAUUUUGUGGCAAUAACUUAACCUCAUGACCCCAACUGCACCCAAGACCCUCUAGGUAACGCAUAUCACACAAACGAUGUACUCCUGUUCAUACCAUGCUGGAGACCUGCGUGUCUCAUUUAAAAUACCUUUUUGUUAUGUAUAAAUACUGUCAAAAACUUCAAUAAAAACAGAUUUACAAAAAAAUGUGCAUUAUAUAAACCUGGAACACUAUUUUACACAGCCACAAGCUUUCUUGUGUUUUAUAUCUCCUGUUUGACCUGUUAGUAGAGGUCUAGUACACUUACAUGUGCUAAAUUAUUUGCUAAUCUGUGAAUUGCCAGAUGGUCAGUCUGGGCCCAUGUUCUUAGGAAUUAGAAAUUGUAUUAAAUAAUGAGAUUAUCAAGGAUGGUUGCGUCUCAUGAUUUCUUCCUGGUAGAAUAAAAUAUCCACUUAAAGUGUAUAGUUACAUAGUAAUCCAGGUUGAAAAAAGACUAACGUCCAUCAAAUUCAAUAUUUAAAAUCUAUUCUUUUAUGCUGUUGAUCCAAAAGAAGAAAACAUUUUUUAAAUUUUCAAUUAUGCUACAUAAAGGGAAAACCAUUAUUUCAUGGCUCCAUAGUGGCAAUAAGGUUUCUCCUUAAAUUAACAAUCUAUUUGCAUACAGUUGUAAUCAACAUUUUUCAACCCCCAUUGAAUAUAAGGUGUAAGUGGAUUCCCAAAAUUCCACUGAAAUUGCAACUUAUAAUGCUGUCUCCAGUCUCAAUAUUAUUUAACCCCCUGAAUAGAAUCCCUCACAACAGCACAAAUAUGCAAAACCGGUGCUGAAUAUAAUUAUUCCCAAGUUCUUUUCAUUUAAUGUUAUUAACUCAACCCCAUUUAAUGGAUCGGUAUAAUGUUCAACUCAACCAUUUAUUGUGUAGGUCUUUCCUUAUUCCAACAUGGAUGACUUUGAUCAGUAUUGAAUCUGCCACUUGCCUGCCAAGUCCCUCAAUUUAUCCAAAUCCUUCCGUAGAGAAGUUAUAUCUUGUUCAGACUAUAUUUUCUUACCUAGUUUUGUGUCAUUUGCAAACACCAACCUAUGUCUCUCAAUACCCAUGUCAAGAUAAUUUAUAAACCGAUCAAAGUGAAAUGGAACCCGCAAGAGUGCAGAGACAAAAAAAAAAAAAUUAUGCCUCAAUCUUCAAGCCAUUGUUUUUCAUCUAAACCAACUGAUGUCUGUUUUCAUAGUAACCUUUUGUGUGGAACUGUGCCUUGGCAAAAUCCAAGUAGAUCACAAACCACUAGAACUCCCUGAUCUAUAUUUCUACUAACUUCUUCAUAAUAUGCAAUUAAGUUAGUUUGGCAUGACCUGUCUUUCAUAAAACCAUGUUGAUUCCUGUCUAGUUUCCUGGUUGAGCUUUUCAACCCCUGUAGAAAAUCAUAUAGAACUUCUUCCUUGUCCUGUUCCUUUUUGAUUCACACACUCCUCUCCGAUUCCAAUGCACCAACACUGUCACACUUAACCUUUUUUGGCAUUAAUGUAUUAAAAAAAAAAAAAAACUUUUUGGGAGUUGGUCUGGCUCUCUUUGGCUAUGAGCUUUUCAUUUUCUAGUUUAGCCCAAUCACCCUUUGCAAACCCUAUUACAUUACUAAGUGCAUCUCUUUCUUUAGUCUGGAACCAUGAAUGGAGUGUAAUACAUUAUAUGUGUUUAUUCACUAAACAGUGAGUUGCAAAGUGUUUAAAGACAGUAAAAGCAUCCAGACCACUUCAUCUCAAAAUCUGGGUGCAGCAGUACUGUAGUUUUAACCCUGCAAUGUCAAGCAUUACAGUUUAGUAGAUAAGGCAAUGCUUACAUUCAGGGACUGCGCAUCCAUCAGGCAGCACUUCUGUUUCUUGUACCCGGCCGGACUGACAGGAAGUGCUCACUGAGAGAGCACUUCCUGUAAGUCCGGCCGGGUACAGGAAACAGAAGCUCCUGUACUGCGGUCCACUCCGCUCAGCCAUGCUACAAGAAAGGUAAUGAGGCAUGCAAGGGAGGGAUGGGAAUGGGAGAGAGGAACACUAAGAGAGGGGAGAAAAGGGAAGGGAGAGGAACACUUAGAGACAGGGAAGGGACCACUAAGGGGCCAGAGAGGGAACCUCUAAGGGGAGAGCACCACUAAGGGGAGAGGAAGGGGAGAGCACCACUAAGGGACAUGGAGGAACGAGUGGCACACAGGGGGGCCUGAUUGGGGAGAAAGAUACACAGAGGAACAUGAACGGGUAGAAAGACACACAGAUUGGGCUGGGGAUGUAAGAGACACACAGAAGGGCCUGUGGGUGGAAAAACAAAGGGGCCGGGGUGAAAGAGGCACAGAAGGGCUGGAGAAGAGGAGAAUAAGACACAGGGGUUGAGGGUGAAAGAGAAACACACAAGUGCUGGGAAGAGUAAAAGACACAAAGGGGCUGGGAGAGAAGUAGACACACAAAGGGGCGUUGCAAGAAAUACACAAGGGAGGUGUAAGACACACAAUGGGGAAAAUAGGGCAUAAGAUACACCAAGGGGGGUAAGACAUUUCAAAGAGGGGAUCAGACACAAAAGGGGGAUUAAGAGGCACACCGGUAGAAAUGCUUUUUUGGGGGAGGACACAAUCAUUUUUGCUUUCGCACACAAAACUCCUUGCACCUGCUCUGCUCACAUUGCAUGGUUUAAUACACCUUAGAGGUGCUUCAGCUGUGCUUCUAGCCUCCAACAGGAGCACAGCACUGCAUGCAUUUGCUUUUAGGCUCUCUAAUGAGAAGCAUUGGAUUUGACUGUAAUGGAAGGAUGAGCGGCUGCAGGUGCUAGACCUCAGUGCUGGAAAAAAGUAAGUAAUACCCUUUUUUUCCAAUAUGUAUUUCAAUUAAACAGAGGGGCCUGAAUCUAAAUAAAGAGAACACUAUAUCAUUCAGAAUACAGGACUGUAUACCAAACUCCAGUGUUCUUUUAAAGCACAAGGGUCACCUCACAACUAUUUUAUAAUAAUCCUUUGAUCCAUUUUUUUAAGGUAGCAGAUUUUUUUAUAUUUAGUAUAUGUAAAAAAAAAAAUGAGAACCACUAAUCUCUACCUUUAGUAUAUGACUGGAUUCUUCACCUAUAUACAUGGGUCUGUCAAUGUUUGAAAACUGACAAUCUCUGUGUUGUUUUCUGCUUCACUCCCUGUACAGAAGCAGGGAAGACCAUGGAGAAUGUCUGUUUUCACACACUGUCUGACCCUGUAUUUGGAUGAAGGAUUCUGAUUCUGGAUUCUGACAUAUACUUUUGUUUUAAAAUAUAGAUUUCAUUGUAAAGCUAGAUCAAAGGCUUAUUGUUCUAAAAAUAGGUUUGAGCUGACAGUUGUCCUUUAACACCUGAGUGAAGAAUUUGUACAAAUCUCUUAUUUUGACUAACAUUGUUCAAUGCCAAAGUAAGUUCAUUACAAUUCCCUAAAGAAAGAAUGCUUUAGUCUUCAGUUGGUAUUGGUUUUUAGCUAAAUGGUGAACUCUAGUGGCAGAAAGUCAGAAUGCAUUUGAUACAUGUUUUUGUAUUACCCAAAUAGUAGCCUUGGUAACCCCUUCAGGACCGGACUGUUUUAACACUUUUGUGGUGUUUGUGUUUAGCUGUAAUUUUCCGCUCUCUCAUUUACUGUUCCGAUACAAAUUAUAUAUUAUGUUUUUCAGGACAAAAAGGGCUUUCUUUACAUACUAUUAUUUUUAUCAUGUCAUAUAAUUUAAUUAAAAAUAAUAAUAAAAUACGUUUUUUACAAGUUUUUUUUUACUUUUACUUAAAAACAUAUUUUACUGAUCUACAAAAUCGAAUGAAACAAACUGCUAAAUAGAUUCAAAAUGUUGACCUGAGUUUAAAAACACCCAAUGUUUAUGUGUUUUUUUGCUUUUAUUUGCAAGUUAUAGGGUAGCUAUAAGUACAAGUAGGAAAUUGCUGUUUCAAAAUGUACAUUUUUCAAAUGUAUCAAUAGUGACAUUGUAACACUGUUAUGUCAUAAAUCUCCCAAAACACCCCACAUGUAUAUAUUUUUCUUAAACUAGAUAACCCAAGGUAUUCAUCUAAGAAUAUUUUGAUACGUUCUAUGCAGCCAUUUUACCACAAACCUUUCCCAAACUUUGCAUAGGUACUUUAUUUUUUUUAUUUUUUUCACAUACAUUGCAAUUCAGGUAAAAAUUCACAGAUUCUGUUAGGUGUCACUACCAAACACCCCAAUAUGUGUUCAGCAACAUCUCCCGAGUACAGGGAUAUCCCACAUGUAUAGGUGUGUCGGGUUGUUGGGGGGCUAAAAGGCCACAUUUGGCAGGUGCGCAUAUCAGUUUCCCAGCUUGGAAUUGACAUGUAGUCAACCUGCAUGCAUGUCCUAUUUGGGACAUUUUUGAAGCUGGCCAAUGUAUUUUACCAACAUCAAACCAUAUAUUUUUUAUAAGUAGACACCCUAGGGUAUUUCACUUGGUGGUAUUUUAACACUUUCCAUGCACUAAUUCUACCACCAGGCUUUGUCAAACAUUGAGUUAGUAAUUUUUUUUCAGUUUUUUCACACACCUUGUACUUUAGGCAUGAACUAACAGAUCCUGUUAUGUAUCACUGCCAAACACCCCAAUAUGUGUUCAUCAAGAUCUCCAGAGUACAGGGAUACCCCCCAUGCGUAGGCUUGUCGGUUCUUUGGGAGCUAAAAGGCCACGUUUGGCAGGCGCGCUUAUCAGUUUCCCAACUUGGAAUUUUGACAUGUAAUCAACCUGUGCCCAUGUCCCAUUUGAGCCAGUGUAUUUUAACCCAAUCAAACCAUAUAUUUUUUCAAAAGGAGUUUUGACUUCUUUCCCCCAACCAUUUUGCCUCCCAAAGAAAGUGUAGUGGUAACUUUGUAAUUCUGUUUUUUAUGCACACGUCAUCUGGUUUUGGCCAGCUGGUUAUGUGUUUCUGCCAGAAAACAUGUUAGACCAAAUGUGCAGGUAGCAAAUGUACAUUUAGCAGCAAUCUUUAAACUGACUCCUGCAAAUAGAAUCUAACUAGAGAUUUGGAGGAUGGAAACUGACUAACAAAAAAUGGCUGUUUUCCAAAGAAACAAAAAAUAAAAUAAAAAAUUCAGGAACACUUCUUACAACUGUUCUGUGUGGUACAGCUUGAAACAUGUUCCUACACACAGUCCUGGUUUCGCAGGGCAAUCAGGACAGUGAAAAAGGGUGUCUGUCCUGGCAACGUUUCUGGGGGGGUUUCUAGCAGUUGGCGGUAACUUAAAAAUAAAAUGUCUGGACUCCGCUUGCACCGUUGUUGGAACUUGUCCAUCUCCAUAAAUUGUUAAAGAAAUAAUUUUCAACUGAAAUUGGAGAAAGGUGGUUUUUCCCUGGGUUAUUUUUUUUAAAAAGCAAAAAUGAGUUGUGGGUUGCUAUUUGCAUUAGAUAGAUAGCCACCUUUUUAUACCAUGCUUUGGUUUUUCUUAAAAUAAGAUAUGGCUGCAUCAGCUGAUCAGCCAAAUCAACACCCCCCCAUGUACUUAUUAUACGCCCUGAUGCAAACCGGUUUGGACUCUACUCUGCCUCAGACAGAGACGUCUGCCAUGUGUUCGUCAUGGAUGGUGGUUAGCAUGUUGACAUCCUUCCUGUCCCUAAAUCUUAGUGCAAGCACUUCAGGUUUGCGAAGUGCUUUACAUUUGCCUUUUUUUAAUUUUGCCUCUAUGAGAGAUCGUGGAAAGUCUUUUUGGAAUUUAUUCUGGCAGUGCCGCAGGCCAGUGUCUGUAAACCAUAAAGUGUUUUAAACAGAAGGACACUACUAUAAAAAUUGUCCACUUAAAGGUGGUAACCUUUAUUAAAUAAGGGGUUUAGUAGGUCCCAUACAAGUUUCCCACUUGUACCCAGGGAGUCAGUACAGCCAGGAGGGUCCAGUUGACCAUCUUUCCCCUCAUAUACACGAAAGGCAAACGUGUAUCCACUUUUGCUCUCGCACAGUUUGUACAGGUUUAUGCCAUACCUAGAGCGCUUUGAAGGGAUGUAUUGUCUGAACCCUAAUCUCCCUUUGUAUUUCAUUAGAGAUUCAUCUAUGGAUAAAUUUUGUUGGGGGGUAUAAACAUCCGAAAAUUUGUCCUGAAAAUGGUCUAGCAGUGGGCGUAUUUUAUGAAGCCUAUCGUAUUGGGGUGAUCUCUAGGGUGACAGAGGGUAUUGUCACUGAAAUGUAAAAAUCUCAGCAGUAACUCGUAUCUGGCUCUAGGCAUGGUUUGGGAGAAUACUGGACUAGACAUUAUUGGAUUGGUGCUCCAGUAUGAGCGAACCGAUCGCUUCUUUAUAAUCCCCAUGAGCAUUGUAAGAGCCCAGAAUUUUUUAAGCUCUGGGACAUCUGUGGGAUGCCAGUCAUGCUCCCUGACUGUAUAGCUACCUGGAUUGUUAUGAAUAAAUUGGGUAGCAUACAAGUUAGUCUGGGAAGCAAUCUCCUCCCAGAUGGUAUCCCCUAAAAAUAGUUCUACAUACUGCAUUGGGGAGAAGCCAUCUACAUUAACAUUAAUGCCUGCGUUGGCACUAAAAGGUGGGACGUGGGGCUCUGCUAACUGUGGAGGUACCCAGUUUUCCUCUACAUUCGGAGUAGCAGAGGAAGCACAGCUUCUUUCUCCAGCCGGCUCACACACAGAUGACAUGUCGUUUUGACUAGACAUGUCAGAAAACUGACCUGGGUCAAAAUCUGUCAGUCUGACGCCAAGAAAGCACAUGCCUCCUGCAAGUUAUACAUAUGCUGCAUGUUUUACACACGACUAAAACAAAUUAUAAACACACACAAAAAAAUAACUUUUUUUUUUUUUUUUUUAUUAAAACAGACUAAACAGCAAUCCCUAAUCUAACUCCUGUCACAAAAAUCUAAUGGAGAUUUGGGGGAAGGAAACUGACUGACUAAGACAGACCAAGAUACAGAUUUUAUAAAACAAAUUUAACCCUUUAAGGGCAAAAAAAAAUACAGACAGUACAAAUGCACUGCUGUAACAGAUCUGGCAGGGAAGGGGUUAAAAAGGAUUUUUUUUUUCACUUUAGAUACUGUAUAAAGCUCUGGAACACUUCUGCUGCAACAAACUAUCAUGAUCAUCACGAUCUCUCUCGCCUCACAAAACGCUACAGAGGAGAGAGGGGCAGAGAUCACUGUCAAGGUGAGUGUUUGUAACACCCACUUUGACAGCAGCCAAUUGCGAGUGAUCACAGAUCACUCACACACUGCAAUUGGCUGUUACUAUCUGCCUGGGAUGUCUGGCAGAUAGUUACAGCAUUAUACUGGAGGGAGCGAUCUUUGAUCGCUUCCCGCAGCCCGUUUUUCGCUAUGACGGUUCAGGACCGCCAGUGGUCCAUACGCACGUUUUACCGCUGACGGUCCUGAACUGUCAGCGGUCCUGAAGGGGUUAAGUCAAACUGUCUCUGCAGUAGAUAUAUGUCUAGCUAGAUUACUUAUAAAGCAUCUGAACCUAACUAACAUGGUAUGUAAAGAACCUUGAGGCAUGUUAGAGAAACACAUUCAGACUGGAGAACAGUUAAGGAUGUAUGCUCCUGGAGGAAGUCUCGCACCCAGUCAGACUUUCUCCAUUAUAGAUUCUUAUUGUAUUCAUACAGCGCAGCCCUUGCCCUCGCCAAACAGUCAUACUUUUCCUCUCUCAUUAGUUCAUGCUACCGCAAUCCCAGGCGUCUUUCACACCUUUAAUUCUCUUCUUCACUCUGCUGUGGGAACCCCCCAAACUAACCUUACUGCCGAUAGCUUUGCAUGUUAAUUUACCAACAAGAUUGAACAGCUAAGGAAAGAAUUCUCCCCUCUUUGCCGUUCUCUUUGUUAACCACACAUAGAUCAUGCCUUUUCUACCCUUUCUACCCAGACUUUUUCCGCGCCUACUGAUCCAGAGGUGGCUGCACUUCUCCUUUCCUCUCGCACCACCACUUGCCCGCUCUCACCUUAUCAGAACUCUCUCCACUUGCCUUGUGCCUUCCUUAACACACAUCUUCAACUGCUCUCUCUCUUCUGGCGUCCCUCCUGAUCUUAAACAUGCCACUGUAGUACCUAUCCUGAAAAAAACAUCUCUUGACCAGUCCUCCCCCUCUAUCGUCCUAUAUCCCUGCUCCCUCUUUCCUCAAAGCUUCUGGAAAGACUUGUCUUUACCCAUGUGUCUCACUUCCUCAAUUCCAACGCUCUCCUUGACCCUCUUUAAUCUGGCUUCCGCCCUCUCCACUCUACUGAGACUGUGCUUAUCAAAGUUACUAACGACCUAAUCGCAGCUAAAUCCAAAGGCCACUACUCCAUACUAAUUCUUCUUGACCUCUCUGCUGCCUUUGACACCGUUGAUCAUGCUCUCCUUCUUCAAUCACUCUGUGACUCUGUCCUCUUGUUGUUUUCCUCUUAUCUCUCCCAACGCUCAUUCAGUGUCUCCUUUUCUAAUGAUACCGCCUCCCCCUUGUCCUGUCUCAGUUGCAGUCCCCCGACCUCUCUGCUGCCUUUGACACUGUUGAUCAUGCUCUCCUUCUUCAAACUCUUCAAUCACUCAGUCUCUGUGACUCUGUCCUCUCAUGGUUUUCCUCUUAUCUCUCCCAACGCUCAUUCAGUGUCUCCUUUUCUAAUGAUACCUCCUUCCCUCGUCCUGUCUCGGUUGGAGUCCCCCAAGGCUCUGUCCUUGGUCCCCUUCUAUUUUCUCUUUAUACUGCCUCUCUUGGCAAACUUAUUACCUCUUUUGGAUUCCACUACCACUUGUACACUGAUGACACCCAGAUAUCUCUCCUCCCCGGACCCCUCUCCUGUCAUCCUGCAACGUGUCACUGCUUGCCUUUCUUCCAUCUCUGACUGGAUGUCCUCCCGCUUUCUGAAACUCAAUCUUUCUAAAACUGAGCUCCUUGUCUUUCCUCCUCCUAACCCUGAUCCUCCUCUUUUGCUCUCCCUUCAAGUUAAUGGUACCCACAUAAGUCCAUCCUUGCAAGCGCGCUGUCUUGGCAUCCAUACUUGAUUCUGGCCUCACCUUUGAGCCUCACAUCCAGUAUGUUGCCAAAUCCUGUAGAAUCCAUCUUAAAAACAUAGCCCGCAUCCGCCCCAUUCUUACACAAGAUGCUACCAAGGAGCUUGUCCAUGCUCUAGUAAUUUCCUGCAUGGAUUAUUGUAACCCUCUCUCUUUUGGUCUUCCCAAAAGCCGUACUGCAGUCCGUAAUAAUUUGCUGCCGCCAGAUUGAUUUUGCUCUCUAGUCUGUUCUCUCACACCUCACCCUUCUGCCAGUCCUUACAUUGGCUUCCUGUAUCCUUUAGAAGUCAAUUCAAGGUACUAAUUCAUACCUAGAAAGCACUGAACAAUUCUAGCCCCUCUUAUAUAUCUUCACAGAUCCAUAGGUAUGUCCCUUCUCGGUCUCUCUGCUCUGCCUGUGACCACCUCCUGUCUGCUGUGCACACCUGUACAGCCAACUCACGCUUGCAGUACUUCUCGCGGGUGGCUCCUUUUCUUUGGAAAAGCCUGCAUAAAACAUUCAAGCUCUACCUAGUCUUCAAUCUUUUUAAAAGUGCCUUAAAACCCAUCUCUUUAGAAAAGCUUAUGGCCUCCCAGAAUAAAUUCUACCUUACAUACCUGUCUCUUGCUCUUUACUCUCUCCUCCAGCUCUGCUUCAAUCCCACCUUAUUUAAUUGCAAUUUCCUGCCUUAUUGUGUUUUAUACCCCACUACAUAUAGACUGUAAGCUCAUUUGAGCAGGGUCCUCUUCAACCUAUCGUUCCUGUAAGUUUUUUUGUAAUUGUCCUAUUUAUAGUUAAAUCCCCCCUCUCAUAAUAUUGUAAAGUGCUACGGAAUCUGUUGGCGCUAUAUAAAUGGCAAUAAAAAUAAUACAUCUAGUGUUCCUAGAGUCUAACUUUAACUGAAGUACAUGUAAGCAUAUAUCAGACAUACUGGUGGCAUGAAAGGAGGAACACUUAUGUGUGUUACAGAAUCAGCACUAGAUACUGAAGUGCGGAGACCCAGUAAUAAAACUUGUUGUAAAAACCAUGAUGAUAACACACAACAAUGAUAACAUUUUGUGACUGAUGACCAUUAUAUAAUUUAAAGGAACAGCAAGAAAUGGAAUCGCAACACCAAAAUGUCAGGAGAUUUUUAUUCCUCCAAUAAUUAUUGAAAUUAAUGAGUCUUUUAAAUCUUCAGAAAGAGAACCAUAGUAAAAAAAAAAAGAAUCCUUAUACGUUUCUGUAGAUAAUGUUAUCUCACUCCAUCUAAUGCAGUCAGGAAGAAGCAGAUACCCAUUGUAUCCCUUUAGAACAAGAGUGUUCAACAUUUUGAAAGUUAAGGGCCACUUUGAAAAUGUGGUAUUGGUCGUGGGCCACACAACAGACAACUCUUUUAUACAAUACAAUAGUAAUUAAGAAGAUUCGGUUAAUGAGAGCACUGCUGUUUAUUUUUAUUUAUUUUUUUACUAAUAAUUCAAUGUUAGGAACUAUUUUUGUGGUAACUAAUGGAGGCAGUAAUCCAGAUGACAAUCAGUAAUUUUUGUCCUCAUUCUAGAAAGCAUCUGUUCACAUAAGCUUCCAAAGAGGAACAAUACUCCCCAUUCUUUUUUCUGAUUUUUUCAAGAUUCUUGUAGCAUGCAUUUUUCAUUCUUCAUUUCCCCUUUUCUACAUACUUUAAGUAAAAUUCUAGCAUCCAUAUUUCAUUACAUUUGAUUUUUUUAGGACUUAGUCAUAUUGAAUGUCACUGAUUUCCAUUUAAAAGUCCCCUGGAGUCUCCAUCACAUUCACAAAGAAGUGCUUAGUUAGCACAUUCAUGGUCCUUCUGUUGAGCAUGGACAUUUUGGAAUCUCUUUGAUGUGAUUACCAGGUAAUGUAUUUAUGUGAUGGUUGUGUAUGCAGGCCAAACUGAGGUGUUUAGUGGGUCCUUGGCCAUUAGGACAUGGGUUGAGUUUCCCUGCACUGAGCACAUCUUAGUCUUUCCUUUUAGAAGUCUCCCAGAUAGGUGAUGUGUAAACACAGGUAGUAUUAAUAAUAAAAUCAAUUUACAAGGAGCUUUUUUAUUGUUACUAUUUGGACUCAAGUCACUUUGUCAGUUUCUAGGUCGAGCAUGAUAAACAGAUGCUUACGGAGAUUGUUCAUGCUUGUUAACAUUUUAGAACUAGAAUAGAUGUGUUCUUUGUCGGGCCAGGACUUGGCAAGUUCAGGAGGUGCACUGCACACAGCCUUGCGUUUCUACCAGAGGCGCCAGGCACAAACUGACCAUUGGACAAACUGCAGUUGGGCUGCGAUGGUCAUGGGUCGAGGCUGACCGGGGAGAUCCUCUACUGGCCCAUGUGUGUCUUCACAGACUGGAGAGGGUAUUAUAUUCUCUCUUACCAGCUCAGGGCAUAUUACUGCAGAGGAGGGAAGACCCAGGAGGUUCUAUGCUGUACCUCUGCAGGGCAAAUAAUAUUCCUCUUGCUAGCUUGGCAGUUCGGAGCAUUGUCACAGGUUACCAUGGCAACACUGACACACCAUAAUGCUAAAGCUCACAAGAGGAGUGUAUUGAGCCUGUACCCAGGAGAGAGUCCCUAAUUACCACUGAACAGACCCCUCCCUGGCCAAUAAGAAGGGAUGGUGGAAAUAGUGUUAUUUUUUUACAAUUUACCCUAUCCUUCCUGCCCCCACUACAGUUCCUAUAUAUCUAGCACUCACUAACCACCCUAUUCCUAACCUAGACCUACUACAGCCCCAACAAAACUACUAUACACCCACUAUAGCCCCUAUUCCUCCUAAAGCCUUUACUCCCCCAACAGCCCCUAUCUCUCCACUGCACAUAGUACAACCCCUUCCCCCCUGUGCAUACACUACAGCCCAUAUCCACCAGGCACAACCUAAAGUUGCUAUAUACCCCACACAAUACCUAUUCUCCCACAUUCAUGGUGGGCUACAUAUACCCCAAUCUCACCCUAGCUGUCCCUGCAGACUGUGACAGCCCUUCAAAGUGCAGGGUUACCCUCUGCCUGGAAGGCUGUCAAUCAGCCUUUCGAAGUAUUGAAAUCCACACUGCAUGUGCAAGAUGUGCAAAGCAGAUUAUCAAAUAGCUCACAACGCACUUGGCUGCAUUUGCCAAAACUGGUACAUUUUUUUUAAAGAAAAUAAAAAUAAAGUGGCCCUGCAUUUUAUCUUGCACCUGGACCCACAAACAGUAGAUCCAGCCCUGUCUCUAUGGCAGCUUCUGUUGCUCAGCAUGUAGUAUUGACUCCAUUCCUGCUGAUGGCUGAUUAAAUAAUGUAUUUUUUUUCUCCUCAUUUCAGUGAGAGAAAGUGUAAGAUUUCUGGAUUCCCAGAAGAAUGUGCUCCUCGUGCCGGCUGCUUUCUCACCCCUGAAGUAACACUUGCAAUGACUGCCAAUAUCCGAUGACAUAUGGCUGAUAUCCCAAUUGUACAUCUACAGCAAGGAAAGCUAUGAUGCUGGAUUGACAAGAUCAAACUUUCCAAAAUUUAAGGCAAUUGCAUUAAACCCCACAGACAAGUCACAUUAAUUUCUCCAGAGCUACAAUAUUUAUAUUCUAAAUAAACUUAUUUUGAAACACAGGCUUCCUGUUUUUAGUGGACUAAACGUCGACAUUUACGGACAAAUGGGGUUUACUAAUAUUCACUGUCAUAAAAAACUAAUAUCCU